AUUUAAACCAGAAGUGAUUGAAACAGGAAGAGGAGGUUCUGACCUAAAUCAUGUCUCAGCUGUGUGAUGCUCAGACAGUCAGCAGCAAGACGUCAUGGAGGUCACAGCUCUCUGCAUCAGACUGAUGGUGGAGGUGUUGGUCCUGCUGGUUGUUAACCACGGUUACUUGGCUCAGAAAACUGCUUUUCCUCGUGUUCGUCCAGACAGACUGCAGUUUUUUGAAUAUGAGACCGUCAGUGUGGACUGUGAAGAGUUCGGUGGAUUGACUGAGUGGAGAGUGAUGACGAAGCUCCACAAAAGUCCAUCAAACUCUUACUGGAACUCCUCAGCAGCAUCCUGCACCAUUCAUCCCGUCUUUGAGAGCCACAGUGGGGAGUUCUGGUGUGAAGAUGAAGGAGGCAACACAAGUGCUGCUGUCAACAUCGCCGUCACUGCUGGUUCUGUGAUCCUGGAAGUUCCCGCCCGUCCCGUGGUGGAGGGAUACGACGUGACUCUUCACUGUAGAAAGAAGAAAUCUCAGUCAAAACACAUUGCUGAUUUCUACAAAGAUGGUUCCCGCCUCGGGACCCAGUAUGAAAACAACUUGAUGAUCCAAAAUGUUUCCAAGUCUGAUGAAGGAUUCUACAAGUGCAGCAUCUCUGGAGCCGGAGACUCCCCACAGAGCUGGCUGGCUGUUUCAAAACUAGAUAAUGCAGCCGACGAAGACACUGAUCGUCCCCUCAGUCUCUCUCCUGAUCUCCCCUACCUGCUGUGGGUUGGUGUCGGUGUUUUAGUGGUGGCUCUGCUGCUGUUGGUGAUGGGACUACUUCUCUGUAGGAAACACAGAGUAUCGGUCUGUUUGUCGUCCGGGAAACAAACAUCUCACUCACCUGGAGAUCACACAGUCUCAGUAGAGGACAGAGUUGAUCCACACCACGCAACACGUGCUGUUGUCAAAAAGCAAAGGAAGAAGAAAGUGUCAGGUGGUGACCGUGCAGGUGAUCCAGACCUUGUGACUUAUGCUGCUGUUAGAAGCCAAAAGAAGAAGAAGACAGGUACCAAGUCACGUCGACCAGAAGAGAGCGUCGUCUAUUCUUCAGUUCACUAUAGGUGAGACUGACGCUGAUACAGAAUCGAUUUCUUCUAAUAUUACAGUCUAUGUACAGCUGACAAUAUGAACCAUAAAAUCUUUAUAAUGAGUUCAAUGAAAUGUCCUCAAAAGUCGUUAUUUGGAUGUUUUAACACUGUAUAAUAACCAUAAUUUAUGAAUCAAUAGUUAGUUAAACUUAGUUAAUUGUUAUUUUACUGUUAACAAACAAUGAAAUGAUAAUUAAUAAUGUUUACUAAUUAUUAGAUAUGCUAUAAUUUGUUAUUUCAUCAAUAGUUUGUUUGAUUUGUUUGUU